AUGGUUAAUGUUUUCAAUGUUCAAAUUUUUUUCAUUGUUUUUAGAGAAUCAUUAGAAGCUGUUAUUGUUGUAUCAGUUUUAUUAGCAUUUUUAAAACAAGGUUUAGGAGGUUCAAAUCAAGAUCCAAUUAUAUAUAAAAAAUUAAGAAAACAAAUUUGGUUAGGAGCAUUUCUAGGUAUAUUAAUAUGUUUUAUUUUAGGUGGUGCAUUCAUUGGUGCAUGGUAUGGAUUAGGUAAAGAUAUUUGGUCAAAAUCUGAAGAUUUAUGGGAAGGUAUAUUUUGUAUUAUUGCAACUGUUUUAAUUUCUUUAAUGGGUAUUCCAAUGUUAAGAAUUAAUAAAAUGAAAGAAAAAUGGAGAGUUAAAUUAGCUCAAGCUUUAAUUAAACCAACUGAUAAUAAAAAAAGAAAAUUUAAUUUUGGUAUGUGGACUAAAAAAUAUGCUUUAUUUAUUUUACCAUUUAUUACUUGUUUAAGAGAAGGUAUGGAAGCAGUUGUUUUCGUUGGUGGUGUUGGUAUUAAUCAACCAGCUACAAGUUUUCCCAUCCCAGUUAUUGUUGGAUUAAUAGCUGGUGUUGCAGUUGGUACUUUAUUAUAUUAUUUUGGUUCAAAUAUGUCAAUGCAAAUUUUUUUAAUUAUUUCAACUUGUAUAUUAUAUUUAAUUGCAGGUGGAUUAUUUUCAAGAGGGGUUUGGUUUUUUGAAAGUUAUGAAUAUGGUAAAAAAACUGGUGGUGAUGCUUCAGAAAAUGGUUCAGGUCCAGGUACUUAUGAUAUUGCAAAAUCAGUUUGGCAUGUAAAUUGUUGUAAUCCACAAACUGAUAAUGGUUGGGAUAUUUUUAAUGCUUUAUUAGGUUGGCAAAAUUCUGCAACUUAUGGAUCAGUUAUAAGUUAUAAUAUUUAUUGGAUUGUAAUUAUAACUGUAUUAAUGUUAAUGUUAUUUGAAGAAAAAACUGGUCAUUUACCAUUUACUAAAAAUUUAACAUUAAUAAAAUUAAAUCCAAUGUAUUAUUUAAAAAACAAAAAGAAACAUGAAUUAACAGAAGAAGAAAAACAAGAAUUAUUUAAAAAAGUUAAAGAACAUAAAUUUGAUCAAAAUAAUGAAAUUAUUGAAAAUGAUGAUGAUAUUUCAUCAGGUAAAUUAAUGGAAUUAGAAAAAAAAGUUGAUAAUUAA